AUGACACAAUCAAAAGAUCCAAGAAGAGAGGAUCUUAUAAGAAAGUUUACACCCAUUGAAGUUGAGGAAGAACUAGACUUUACAAAUAUACUUGUAUCCAUAUUAAGUUUUUCAUCAAUGAUUUUCAAAAAUAAAUGGUUUGCAUGGGCAUCUCUUGUUGGAACUAUUUCUGGUUUUUUAGAUGGAAAAGCGCAAACUUCAAUAUCUCAAGGAAAUUUAACAAAUAUUAUAAUGUCAGGUGUUGCGUUUGUUGUAAUGUAUACACCGAUUAUUUUUCCUCAAAAGAUUUCAGAAUCACCAAAAUAAUCAAUAAUUAAAA